AUGCUCGCGUCUUGCUCAGGCAGGAAGGGGCCGGAGGGCAGGUACCCGCUGCACUACCUCGUCUGGCACAACCGCGCCCGCGACCUGGACCGGGAGCUCAGCGCCAAGCAGGCUGACAUCGAGCAGCUGGACCCCCGAGGACGCACCCCGCUGCACCUGGCCACCACGCUGGGCCACCUCGAGUGUGCCAGGGUGCUGCUGAAGCAUGGCGCCGACGUGGGCAAGGAGAACCGCAGCGGCUGGACAGUCCUGCAGGAGGCUGUGAGCACCCGCGACCUGGAGCUGGUGCAGCUGGUCCUGCGCUACCGCGACUACCAGAGAGCCAUCAAGCGCCUGGCCGGGAUCCCCAUCCUGCUGGAGAAGCUGCGCAAGGCCCAGGACUUCUACGUGGAGAUGAAGUGGGAAUUCACCAGCUGGGUGCCGCUGGUGUCCAAGAUCUGCCCCAGCGACACCUACAAGGUGUGGAAGAGCGGCCAGAACCUGCGGGUGGACACCACGCUGCUGGGCUUCGACCAUAUGACCUGGCAGCGGGGCAACCGCAGCUUUGUCUUUCGGGGACAAGACACCAGCGCGGUGGUGAUGGAGAUUGACCACGACCGGCGGGUGGUCUACUCGGAGACGCUGGCCCUGGCCAGCCACGACCAGGAGGUGCUGCUGGCUGCUGUGCAGCCCACCGAGGAGCAGGUGAUGGGGCGGCUGACAGCCCCCGUCGUCACCACCCAGCUCGACACCAAGAACAUCGCCUUUGAGAGGAACAAGUCCGGGAUCCUGGGCUGGAGGAGCGAGAAGACGGAAAUGGUGAACGGGUACGAGGCCAAGGUCUAUGGCGCGUCCAACGUAGAGCUGAUUACCCGGACGCGGACCGAGCACCUCUCGGACCAGCACAAGGGCAAGAGCAAAGGUGGGUGGCGCAGGCUGGGUGGGCAGGGCGCUGCGCCGGCUCCGGUCCUCACCCCCUCCUCUUCCGCAGGCAGUAAGACCCCCCUGCAGUCCUUCCUGGGCAUCGCCGAGCAGCACGUGGGGCCCAACAACGGGACGCUGAUCACGCAGACGCUGAGCCAUGCCAACCCCACCGCCAUCACCCCCGAGGAGUACUUCAACCCCAAUUUCGAGCUGGGCAACAGGGACAUGGGGCGGCCCAUGGAGCUCACCACCAAGACACAGAAGUUCAAGGCGAAGCUGUGGCUGUGCGAGGACCACCCGCUGUCCCUCUGCGAGCAGGUUGCCCCCAUCAUCGACCUCAUGGCAAUAAGCAACGCGCUCUUCGCCAAACUGCGGGACUUCAUCACCCUGCGCCUCCCGCCCGGCUUCCCCGUCAAGAUCGAAAUCCCCAUCUUCCACAUCCUCAACGCCCGCAUCACCUUUGGGAACCUCAACGGGUGCGACGAGCCCGUCAGCUCCCUGCGGCACAGCCCCAGCAGCGAGGCGCCCUCGCCCAGCAGCGACUCCUCCAGCGUCAGCAGCUCCAGCUCCCUGACCUCGUGCCGAGCGUGCGAGAUGGACCCGGCGCUGUUCGAGGUGCCGCGGGGGUACAGCGUGGUGGGCACCCACCAGGACGCCCUGCGGGAGGACGAGGAUGACCUGCUGCAGUUCGCCAUCCAGCAGAGCCUGCUGGAAGCGGGCAGCGAGUACGACCAGGUCACCAUUUGGGAAGCGCUGACCAACAGCAAGCCGGGCACCCACCCCAUGUCGCACGAGGGCCGCCGAGGAGACAGGUUGGACUCCCCAGCACACGGCGGCCCCCCGGCCCCCCGUCACCCCGGCCCCGGGGGGUGGCGGGGGGCCCAGCGCCCUGUUCCCCAGCUACGCGGAGCAGCUGCGGCUGGCCAUGGCGCUGUCGGCGCGGGAGCAGGAGGAAGCCGAGCGCCGGACGCGCCAAGAGGAAGAGGAGCUGCAGCGGAUCCUGCAGCUCUCGCUGACGGAGAAGUGACCCCGUGCCCCCGCUGA